GCAGUAAUUCAUUCCACCGCCUUUCUACCCUAUCUCCAUUUUUCUUUUUAUAUCCUUCCCUCGACCGCGAAUGAGGGCAUGGAGGGCAACUCAAAUCACCUCUUUGUGGUUCAAUUCGGGGGGAGAACGCAGCAGCAGUGUUGUAGCUCGCGGUGAGCAUGUCGAACGGCGACCCUUUCUCGGGCGAUGGGAUCGAGUUCCAUCCGCCAUUCCUCGGGGUCCUGAUUGCUUGUGGCGUGCUAUCAGUAUUUUCCCUACUUUACUUUAACCGGGUAUUCGCAUCUAUCGUUUCGUGGGGGAUUAGAACAUACACAUGGCACCAAUAUGGCGUCUACAUCGACAUCAAAGCCCUCCAAAUAUCCUUGCUCGCCGGCCGCAUCUUCUUCACGGGUCUUCGAUACCACGGCAAUAACGAGACGAUUUUAGUGCAGAACGGACACAUCACCUGGGCGUAUUGGCUGCGUAGGGUUCGGGAGGUGGAUCUGGGGAAACGAAAGGGGGGUUGUGAGAAGCACCCGGAUGCUGCUACGGAAGAGCCCCCUGCAAAGCUCCCAUGCCGGGUCAAGGUGUCUCUCAGGGGCCUGGAGUGGUUCGUGUACAACCGGAGUCCCGCAUACGAUUCCGUUCUUUCCGGUCUUACCGACUCGGCGGAGGUCCUUCACGAUGCGGAUCCGGGUCAAGGUGGUUCAGGGCCAGCAGCCUCAGAGCCGACUCAGUUGCCGCGGAGACAGUCGGGUCGGCAACAGGGACCCGCGAGGUCUUCAUCCCCCGCUCGAUUUUCGGCCAGGGCGGAAGGAUCGGGCGCCGCCGCGGAUGACAAUGCCGGCAAUAACAUCGAGAGGAAUCCUGCGCUGAGCCCUGGCUCAUCCGGCUCUGAAAAUGGUAGAGACGGAGACGCAGACAGGAAUGCUAGUCUGCCGUUACUCCUGCAGCUUCUGCCCGUUUACCUGGCGUGCGACAAGGCAGCAAUGGUGAUGGGCAACGAAAACACCAAGGCUGUUCUAAUCGUCAAAACAACCUCCUUGUCAGGUGAAAUCGAUGCUUCCAAGACCGAGACGCCCGAUCCAUAUCGUCAAUACUUCCGAUUCAAAUUCAAGGACCCGGUGAUUGAAAUGAAAGACAACAUGGAUUUCAAGGAAGAGCAACCCGACCGAGCCGUCCGAGACAAACAAGCCGCCCAAGCAUCGCUUUCCCGCCCUCGACGGUCCUUUCUCCAUUGGCAGAGGCGCAGGCUCCGCGAAGGCCUCAGGAACAUGAUCCCGUUCUGGAACAGAUCUGUCGAGUCACUUGCCCCCUCUGGUAGAGAAAUCGGGACUGCUACCAGCCAGGUACCCGGGGCUGGCCGAUGGCAAGGGCUGUCGCGAUAUCUCUCCGACGAUGCUGAGGACCAAAAGUCUCGAUGGGCAUCCUCCGAGUAUGCCGCUGUUCCGACGCUCUUGGACAGCCCCGAGGCGUCUUUGACUAUAUUCUGGGACGUGGUGAGCAAAGUCGGGUCGAACGCUGUAUCGUUACAGGAGAAGACUUUGCAGCAAGUGCCCAAUAUCAACGGCGCCGAACCCCCUGCUUGGGCAAUCAGCUUGUCGGUAAACGGGGGCUCCAUCAACUACGGCCCUUGGGCCGACAGGCAUCGAGCAGAUCUCCAGCGCAUCUUCGUCCCCAGCCUCUGCAAGGACGCAGUACCAGCCCAACCUCUAGCUCCGGGUGCGUAUCGGGUGCCGACGCAGUUUAAGUUCUAUGUUGAGCUCACCAAAGCCACGACCAUCCGCGUCCCGGUAAGGGAGGCAUCGAAGAACUGGAGGUGGAAGGGCAAAGAGCCUACUCCACCAAAACCAGGAGGCAAUGACACGCGGAAGGCUCGUCGAUCUAAGAAGUCGGAUCCUCCCGCUGACCUGCACCAACGACCUUGCGGAUGGCUUGACCUGAAGGUCCCUGCCAACGCGACUGUGUCCUACUCCAUGGAUAUGACCGCAGGAGCCUCGGGGUACACCAGCACUCUCGACGUGGACCUGCCCAGCACCGAAGUAACAACCAGCAUCAACCACGAACUUCUCCUGAGGUCCAACCGGCAGAGGAUAUCCUGCGAUUUGUCUACGCCACUGUGCUGGAACGCGCUCCGUCAAUGGUACUUCAAUAUCAAUAGCGACGAUCUGGAGCUUUACAUCUUGCGAGAUCAUAUCUUCCUUCUGAUCGAUCUCGUCGAUGACUGGACAAGCGGGCCACUGACCGACUACUUGGUCUUCACCCCCUUCAAAUACCAUCUAAAUCUCCAACUCAAAGAUGUACGGCUCUUCCUAAACCUCAACGACGCGAACAUUGUCAACAAUCCAACCGACUUGGAAGAUAACACAUACCUCAUCAUCUCUAGCCCGCUUCUCAAAUGCGACACCUGCAUCCCAAUUGACCAGUACAGACCAAGCGAGAAUGGCAUUCCCUUCGACAUCCGUGCCGACACCGCGGUGAUCGACCUUCACCUGCCGCCCUGGAACACAGAGGCACAGUUUCUCACCUGCAAGGAGGUUGGGCGGCUUGAGAAUCUUGCUAUUCAGGGUUCUUACCAUUAUAAUGCGACCACAUCGCCCGCAAACACUGACACCCUGGUUCUGAACAUUAGUGGGCAGUCACCGACGGCGAACCUCCAUGGUUUUACCAUCCGGUACUGCCUCAUGAUAAAGGACAACUACUUCGGCGACGACCUUCAUUUCAGAACAAUGGAGGAAUACCAGGACAUGUUGCGUUUGAAGGAGAAGGACCCGAAUGCCGAGCUUGCUAACAAGCCGCCGCCUAAGAAGUCGAAUGACUUGGAUGUCAUCCUCAGCAUCAGGGCUGACGAUCCGAAGGUCCUGCUCCCUGCCAACCUUUAUUCGUCCAACCGCCACAUACAAAUCGACACUGCAAGCCUGUGCCUCGAUCUGCGUUUCACCAACUACUAUAUGGACCUAGACCUCGUGGUGGCCCCGCUGAAUCUCUCCUUGGGUAACACUGAAGCCGGCGCAGAAACCCCAAUCAGCGCAACUUCGAGCACGCAAAUGUUCGUGGAUGGCAUCAAUGUUUAUGGCCACCGCCUUUUCGGCCUUCCUCCGACGGAGCCAACCUACAUGUGCAACUGGGAUCUAUCACUGGGCGCCGUUACCGGCGAAUGCACGACCGAGUUUUUGACAACCCUCACCAGCGCAGGCAAGGCCUUCGCAUUCACAUUUGACGACGAUGAAAAUGCACUGGUUCCGUUUUCUUCGAUCAUCGUUUACGACGUCACCUUCCUUCGCGUCUUCGUUCAUUCGGUCCGCCUCUGGCUACACGUUGAAGACGCCGCGUUUCUCUUCUCAACUGGGGCGAUUGAUGUCAACUAUAACGACUGGGCGCGGUCACAUUAUUCUAGGAGAGCCAACAUCAGCAUCCCGGACAUCAGCCUGUCUUGUUUGAACGCAGAGUUGGCUACCAGACACAGGGCUCGCUCGCAACAUGCUGUGGACGCGGACGCCCUGGUGGAAACCAGCGUGCGGGUUGCGAUAAUAGGGCGCAAGGCAGACUUCUCGGCGGAAAGGAAGCUUCAGCAAGACCUUGUUCGUAAGCACGAUCAGAGAACACACAGGACUCCGUUCCUCAUCCUCUCCAACCUCGCGGAUGACGAUUUCAUCCCUGAUCUCGUCGACCCCCCCGCCCAAAGUGUACCACCAAUGCCCAUGCCGGUUCGCUCGGAGAAUUCCAGGGACGAUGGGACGUCCCUGCGCUCGAAGACCAGCUCGAGACCACCGCGGGGCCUUCGCCAUAAAUCGUCCUUUUUAUCCAUCGCUAGUUCACAGAGCAGCGUACUGAAGUCUUUCAAACCGGGGCGAUCGAGUGGGAAAGAAAAACUUCCUGAACGCCACAACUACCAUUCUUCUUUGAGUGCUCGCUUCGACGAGGGACGCAACUCGCUCGCCCAAGGCCGGGAGCUUUCUCCAUCCACUCGCCAUUCUGCCUUCUACAGUAUGCCUGGAGACCAGACUGAGCACCCGGAUGCCGGUCAUAAUACUGUUGCCUUCUCAAGCCAAUAUUUUGCACCUUAUUUCCCGCUUGAGAACAUCAAACCGAGUCACGGGGAAGCCAUGAUGCAAAGCAUAGAAGAAAAAGACGGCGAAUCGGUUGGCCCCGAUUCAAUCAGCUUCGGCUUGGAGGACGUUGACCCAAACCUUUUCAACGAAGAGUUCGCCUAUUCCAGCGUCUUGCUCGAACUGCCGGCAGGCCUGACCGCGUUCUGCAACCCUACGUCUUUGCGAUAUGUGGCAAACUUGCUUUCGUCCCUGCAACAAACGGACCCAAACGACGUUCUAGACUCGCUGCAGAUCGACUCGAUGAAAGGGAUCUUCGAUGCACAAAAAGAUCAGAAAAUGAAGGGCCGGGUCAACGACCUGCAAGUCAAGCUGCCGCACCUCAACCUCCGGCUCAUCAAUUCUCCUGAAGUAGACUCCGUGAACCAGACUGCCGACGAGCAGGACCAAUACGAUGUUUCUCUCACAAAACUUUCCUUCACAUCCCGGUCUCAGGCUACUUGGAAGGAUGCUUUCAAGCCGCAGUCAAAGGCGUCUCGCGAUUCAUUUCACUUGAGACUUGACUCGAUAGAGGUCUCGGCUUCUGAGAGGCUCCGUGGCAUGGAUAGCUCUCAAGCCGACGCCCUUGUCCGGGUUGACAGCGUGCUAGCUUCCCUGGGAAACAAAGACGUCACAUACUUCGAUGCGGAAAUUGGUGGCAUCCAUGGCAGUACAUCGUCUGGAAAGAUCGACUACCUGGUGUCGUUGGUUGACCGCACAGGCGUCUUGGUGUCUGACCUCGGCGAGGUCUUCUCUAAAGUAUCGUCACAGGAGAAGAUGAUGGUACGAAGUUUGGUGCAUCGCCUUGUCGCCGCGGGCCAAGAAGUUCCUGACCCGUCAUUCUUUAUCCGUCCUUCUGCCAUCCUCCGUUCUGCACCUCAACAUUUGCGGACCUUUGACUCUUGGAAACUGGCCAUGCGUCUUCGACAGAUCUGGACGGUCCUGGGGCCAACCGAAGGAGACCAGAUCAAGCUGGACUCCCUUGUCCAAGUUCCCAAUUCAGCGGCGGAAUUGAGGCAAGAAGUCAUCUCGUCCUUCGAAAAAUGGAGGAGCUGGGACUUGAACAAUCUCGAGGAGAGUAUGCUUCUCGGCGUGGUAUUUGGGUGGUCGGUUGACGGCCCUAAGCCUGCGUCCCAAGACAAGCCGACUCUUGCUAUCGUGAAGGUCAAACAGUUUCAACUCGCACUUAACCCCGGGCCGAAGCAGAACGAGAUCACCCUCGUGGACCUUACUGCAAGACUCCAGAGCAAACCCGUCACGACAGCUAAGCAAAGGGACAGCUUCGGUGGGAUGGCUGGUCCUUUGACCACCCUAAACGUUUCCUGCGAGGAUGCCGCCAUCAAUCUGAACUGGGAGCUGUGCGAGCUAGCAGACAAUAUCCUAAGGCUGGCAAAGAACAUGCAAUCUCGGGCACCCGUUCAAUCCCCGAUCGAGUCUCAGGAAACCAAAGCCUUGACUACACCGAAGAAAUCUUCAGAGGGUACGAUACACCUUGUCCUGUCCCUCGGUCACGGGUCGCUGCUUUUAGAGGCUGUCAACAUUUACUCGACGUCGUUCAUUCACGGAGCUCAGACGUCGGUACUCGUCCAAAAGGGGCCCAACAACACCACGGACACGAACUUUAUUCUCAACUGCGAUUCUGCUACCUCAAGCCUCCGAAGCAACCACCAGAAGCUCGCGAAGCUGGUUCUGAAAAAGCCCAGUGUCCUCGUUUCACACGAGCUGCGAGCCAACCAGACAACAGACUCUCACACCAUCAAGACAGCGGCUAGCAAUCAAUAUCUCAACCUGGUUGUUAAGCAGGAUCCAGUCACACUGGCAGAGGUUUUUGACCUCCUGGUCCGGGACGAGAUCGCCCAGUUACACAGGCUGAAGGACCAACUCCCCUCUUCCCCUCGGCCUGUCUCGUCUUCCAAAAAGCUCGCGGAUCGUCUAUCUGCCUUCAGAGUCAACGUGGCGCUGUUCAUGGACCAGUACACCAUCAGCCUGCCUCUUUUGCCAUCCCUUACGUACACGGUUCAUGGGACAGUCUCCAGAGCAGCCAUGGCAGCAAACUUUGGUCGAGAGAUCAUUUUUGAUUUUGACAUCAAGGAGAACUCUCACGAUAUGCAAAUCAAGGUCAACAAUGUCUCUAGAAGCAUCUCGCUUCUGCAAAUCCCACCGACCAACGGACGGGUCAGAAGCCACAUGGGCCAUGGCGAGCAUUCCGUGACUGUCUUUGCAUCCGUCGAGUUGAUACAACUAGAUGCCUCCGCCGUGUACAGCCUACUAUCGGCUCUGAACCGCCCUGAGAUCUCCAAUGUCGUCGAUGAGCUGCAACAGCAAAUCAAAGCAAUCCAGGAGCAUCUCAAGGAAGUCACGGGAGAAGAACCGCAGGCACUUGUGGCCCCGACGGAGAAGAAACCGACGGCUGUGGCUUACGCCAUUCAUCUAACGCUUGCUGGUCUUGAGGUGUUUGGGAAUAGCCCGUUGAAAUCCGAGACCGGGGCGAUGGCGCACAUCUCUUUUGCACUCGGCAGCGUCCACCUUGGACUCUCAAACCAGGUGGAACAGCAUGGGCCGGUAUUAUUAUACCCGGAGUUCAACGUAAACCUGCGCCGCAUUACCUUUGAGAUACAAAGGGGCAGAGCCGAGGCGAUGAAGUCAUGCGGCAACGUUGCGUUCGGUGCUCUGAUCUCGGCCUCCUCGCACGCCGGUGAGGACGGCAAGGACAAGAGGUUUUUCCACGUCAAGAGUGACGCCUUUGAGGUGAACCUAUCACCUGACACCAUCUCCACCGUCGUGGAUGUCCUGGGCUACAUGGGCAAUAAGAUCAAGGACCUCGACACUUCCCGAGAGCUCGGGUACCUGCGGAAACUCAGACAAUCCAAGCCACGCAUUGCUAUCAACGACGCAGAAACGGGAGAGGAGACCGAUAUUAUCGACACCUUCCUGUCUUCCAUCACAUACAGCUUCGAGAUUUGCAACAUCCAAAUGGCUUGGUUGGUGAACAAGGCGGACGAAAAGCCGGCCGCUGGCAAAGAGGACCUUGUGCUCUCACUUCAGAGAAUUGAGCUCGGCACGCGGACUAGAAACUCGGCAAGACUUACCAUCGAAGACCUGCAAGUCCAGAUAUCGAGCCCAUCAUCCGACAAGAAUCUCCGGUCUCCCAAUUCCGCGCUGCUGCCGGAGAUAAUCUUUAACGUCGCCUACGUUUCCACUGCCGAUGCCCGCCGCCUGGCUUUCCAGGCGGUUGGAAAGCCGCUGGAUGUGCGGCUCACCUCGGGUUUCAUUAUACCGGCAGCCCAUCUGAACGAUUCCAUCAGUCUGUCUUUCAAGAAUAUCCAGCAGGCGUCCCAAAAUUGGAACCCGAGCGUCACAUCCCCGGAACCGACUGCCACCGAUCAGCCACAGGAGGCGGAGGCGCCACGGAAGAACAUCCUUGGUGGGAAGAGACUCGAAUCUCUGCUCGUAGACGCCGACUUUGCAGGAGCCGUGGUGCAUCUCACGGGUAAGAAGGUCCCCGCGGACCUAAUCUCGGCCACGAAACCAGCACGACCAUCCAGCGCUGGGAAACAAGGGCAGUUGGGCUCAGAUGAGACAACGGGCAGCACAACCCUGAGAUCGCCGGGCCUAGCCUGGAAGCUAGAGUUUACGGACAACGGCAAGGAUGACCCCUCGCUCCAUGCAGAGGUCAAGGUCGAUGCUUCGAGCAACAUACUGUAUCCGUCCGUGGUAUCGCUCGUUGUGGACAUCAGCGACAACAUCAAAAAGGUGGUGAGCAGCCGGGACAGCAAAGACAACAACCCGGUUGCGCAAGCGCGAGAGGCUGCAGCCAAGCCGAAACUCCCCGAGGAGGAUAGCAUCCUCACUGCGGAUCCCACGGCUGUUCUCGGCCGCAUGAAGCUCAACCUGGGGCUGCGCAUCUGCAAGCAAGAAUUCUCGCUAAGCUGCCAGCCUAUUGCGCGGGUAGCGGCCACGGCUAGUUUUGAGGAUGUCUACUUCACUGCCAACACUGUUCGGUCGAUGGAGCAGGGCAACUUCUUCGCCAUCUCGGGGGCCUUCACGAAUCUGCAGGCGUCGGUGCAGCAUGUCUACUCGAGAGAGUCUACAGGCAGCUUCAAGGUGCAGUCGAUUGUUCUGUCUUUCUUGAACAGCAAGCAUCUCAGCGGCACCAGCGGUGUGUCGGCAAUUCUUAAAGUCAGUCCUAUGGAGGUAUCGGUCAACGCGAAGCAGCUCCAGGACUUCCUGCUCUUCCGCGAGAUCUGGCUACCGCGCAAGGUCGUGGACCCCUCAGCUGGACCAGUGGCAAAACUUGUCACGGAAACCUCCCAGGGGCAUCUUGUGCAGCGUUACCAACAAGUCGCCGCGACAGCUGCGUUCCCUUGGACGGCCAGUAUCUCCAUCUCAGCACUCAAGAUUGUCGUAGACCUUGGUCAGGCGCUGGGGAGGUCGACAUUCUCCAUCAAUGACUUCUGGGUUUCUUCAAAGAAGACAUCCGACUGGGAGCAGAACCUGUGUCUCGGUUUCAGCAUGAUCGGCAUUGAAAGCACCGGCAGGAUGAGCGGGUUUAUCACGCUCAACGAUUUCAAGCUGCGGACAGCGAUAGUGUGGCCGGAGCGAGAACAAGCGCUCAGCGAGACGCCUCUGAUCCAGGCGUCGAUUGCGUUCAGGCAGUUCAGGGUAAAGGCUGCUUUCGAUUACCAAGCCUUCCUCGUUGCGGAUAUCACCUCACUGGGCUUCCUCAUGUACAACGUCCGCCGCAGCGGCGGAGACCGGCUCAUGGCCAACUUUGACGGCGAGGCCGUCCAGGUGUUCGGCACAACAACCUCUGCAGCCCAAGCCAUCUCGCUGUACCAAGCCUUUCAGCGAUUGGUGCAGGAGCGCAAGGCGAAUUUCGAAGUCUCGCUCAAGGAGAUCGAACGGUACAUGCAGCGCAAGUCGGUUUCGGCUCCCCCAGGCGUGAUGCAGCGGCUGAGUAUCCCGAAGUCGGCGGGUGACGACACGGCCCUCAAGUCACCCAUCUCGCUCGACACGGACGUCGUCGUCACCCUCAAAGCCCUUAAUCUAGGCAUCUUCCCCGGCUCCUUCUCAGACCACCAGGUCUUCAAGAUGGAAGCGCUCAACGCCCAAGCCCGCUUCGCCGCCUCGGUCCAGGACGACGGCCGCAUCCACAGCGUCCUCGGCCUCACGCUCGGCCAACUGCGCAUAGGACUCGCAGGUGUCCGGGCGGAGAGCGGGGCGCCCAGGACGCUCAGCGAGCUGUCGGUCGAGGACGUGGUGCGGAGCGCUACGGGCUCCCGCGGCGGGACGAUCCUCAAGGUGCCGCAGGUCGAGGCCGUCAUGCGGACGUGGCAGCGCCCGGAAUCAAAGCACAUCGAGUACAUCUUCAAGAGCGCCUUCGAGGGCAAGGUCGAGGUCGGCUGGAACUACAGCCGCAUCAGCUACAUCCGCGGCAUGUGGGCCAACCACUCCAAAACCCUCGCCCAGACCUGGGGCAGGGAGCUGCCCAACGUGACGGCCAUCAAAGUGACCGGGGUACUCCCCGCGUCUGGCGCCGCCGCCUCGUCAGCAGCAACAACAACAACAGCGGCCCCCGACGAAGACAAAGACAGAAAACAACAACAACAAAAACAGCAACAGGACGAAGAACGAACCAACAAGAUCACAGCCGAGGUCAAGGUGCCGCAGUCCGGGUACGAGUACACGGCGCUGGAGCCGCCCGUGAUCGAGACGCCGCAGCUGCGCGACAUGGGCGAGGCGACGCCGCCGCUCGAGUGGAUCGGGCUGAACCGCGACCGGCUGCCCAACCUGACGCACCAGAUCGUCAUCGUGGCGCUGCUGGAGCUGGCGGGCGAGGUGGAGGACGCGUACUCGAGGAUCUUGGGGAGUACGUGAUGAUGAUUGCCUUUUGG